AAGUGGCAGGUAGGUAUGUCCCAAGUCCCAGUCACAAGCACGCCGCCCGCUAGUUACGUUGAGACUGGAAAGCAACGACGCAAAACGAAGAUGAAGAGACUUACUUUCCUGCUUAUGCAGCUCUUGCCCUUGGCCGUCUCCACUAUUGAGUUGAGCCCCGAGCCAGCCUCCUUCAGUCCGCUGCCCGAGUUUUGUGGUCCCUUGCCUGAUAGAUCUGUAGUGGAGUUUGGCAAUGACACGCAUCUCGUGAAUUACCGGUGGAUGGUUGCACUCGGCUAUAAGCACCCCCGGACGAAGGAGACUAGGUUUUUGUGUAGCGGGUCUGUGAUCAGCGAGCGUUACGUGCUUACGGUGGCCAACUGCGUCACCCCCAAACAGCCUGAUGUCAUUCGGCUGGGAGAAUGGGAUCUGGCCACUGAUAUAGACUGUACAACCACUAUCCAUGAUUUCCUGCUCUGUGCUCCACAACCAGUUCAGGUAGUGGAGUACGAAGAGAUCGUGGUCCACCCAACAUACAACAAGCGUGGCUCUCUGUCUGACAAUAUCGCUCUCAUCAGACUCGCUGAGCCCAUAGACUUCAAGAAAAACUGGAUGAUCCGGCCAAUAUGUCUGCCGGAACCUGAUUUUGAUGUGCGGGCAGACGGGACAGCAACGGUGACUAGCUGGGACUUUCCACGCAGCAGUGUUCUGCGGAAGGCACGACUUGACAGUGUGGAUGUGGAUCACUGCAGCAUUUCCCCGAGAGGUAUAAUACUGGAUGGACAGAUAUGUUUUAGAACCCAGGAUGAUAUCUUGUGUGGUGGUGACUCAGGUAGCCCUGUGGUGAUGCCUACCCUCACUAGCUCAAAGUUCAUACAGUCUAUUAAUACCAUUACUGGUCAUCUGGGAAAGACUUCUGAUCGGAUAUCAAGUGUGGUUACCUGGUGGAGAGAUGCGUGGCUCAUGAUGAUGGCAGUGAAACUGUAUACCAGAACAAAAAGUACUCUAAGAAUAGAUGACAUAAGGAGUGGUUACUUUGGUGUGAAUGUGGGUGUAUGCUGAAUAUUGAUUAGUAGUCCAUUAAUUGUUAUUGUGGUGCUUGAGGCAUUAUCAGGGUGACAGUAUGACCAGCUUGUAGUUGCAGUUCAUUUACAUUGAUAGUCUGGUUCUGAUUAGUGAACAUUUGAAAAUGCAAAGGGAUGAAUCAAGAGUGUAGAUAGAAUAAAAAAUUCAAGUGCUUCAGAGUAGCUUAAAAUUUUGACCAUAUAUUGUACUAUAUAACAAAGCAGUUGUUAAUUGCCAUUGUAUUCCCAGCAUACUGUAAAAGAUUAAGUAAAGGUAAAGUACAAGAGAACUGAGAACUUCC